AAGGAGAAAAAGGUCGUCGCGAAUCGGCUUCUCGUUUCCCGCCAUACUUCUCUGAGAGGAAAACUCUCUGCUUCUUGAUUCUCUGGCCUAAAACAGUGUGUGUGUCUGUGUGUGGGUAUGUGUGCGCUCCGAACGACGCCUGACAAGAAGUCGGGACUCGAAAGGCAGAAUCGAGAGGCAGAAACGCGCGCCGACGUCUCUCGUUAAGGGUAACGGCAGGUGUGCGUGGUGGUGGCAAAAAAGAACCAAAAACCUUGCGCUUUCCUGCGAAUUAUAGGCAAACAGCGAGCAAGGCUCCAUGGUGGGAGGGUCCCGCUCUGAGCGGUAGCAGCCUGGUGCUUCUCUCGAAGUUCUUCCCUUCUUCUCGACUUCCGCGCACGCACUCGUGCUGCAUCUCGUCACAAAAGCUGGAGAAACUCCUGGGCUUGGCACAUGGCAAAACUUCGAAACUCCCUGGCGGCAAAACUGGGCUCUGCAUCCCGCCUUUCCUGUGCGAGACGGCACUUCUCAAUACAUCCAGCGAGGCGGGACACACAGCGCCAGCGAGCCUCGGCGGAACUUCAUUAUCCCCGAAAUCUUUCACCCCGUUUUUCGCCGUGAACGAAUCAACAAAGACGGACCUCUGCUCUCUUUUCCUUUCCCGUCCCAGGCAAGUCCGAAGCGCCUGUCACAGAAGAAAAGGCUCGGUGGCACGCAUGGGGCACACAACCACGCACUUUUCCACGCAAGCCUGGACAACUCACCGUCCGCAGUUGUUUCCGUUACUUGUUAUUUCUUUUCGCUUUUCAGACCGUCGCGCGGGGCGUUUAGAACCAAGAAGGUCGGCCCGAGACAGUUUUUCUCCUCGAAGGCGCCGUAGAUUAUCUGGUCUCGCCACUACCGGAGGUGGGCGGCUUCCCCCGUGUUGCUCGUUCGAAAACGCUUUCGACAUGAGUUCUUUUCCCUCGCAUUCACUGCGCUUUCCUUGGAAUAGCUCGACAUCUCUUCUCGGAGGAAAGAAGUCAACGUUCUUGGCCGCAAACCUGAACGCUGGAGGGCGGCAAUUCGACAUCGAGAGAACCGCCACGCACGCGUCUUUACGCUUAGUUCGACCUUUCACGAGGUGGAGAGCUUUGACAGUCGAAACAAUCGGGAAUAACGACGCCACAUCCGUCGUCCAACGUCCUUGGUGUGACUCGUUCAGACGUCCUCGCUGCUUCCUUUUUUUCGAGAUCUUUUUCCUUCCCUCCUAGAAGAGACCUGUUGUCUCGCCUCCCAGAACCUGGCGCGCUUCUCGCGUCCGACCGACGACAGGCGGCUUCCUUCCUCGUCGAUUCGCGUCUUCUGCCGAAACGAGCGGCGGAAUUCCUGCACCUCUCUUGCGAGAGAAAACAGGCCUUGCAAAGAAACAACCUACAUCCCAUCUGGGGCGCUAAACUGCGCAUCUCUUUUGCAAGACAGGAGACGCUGUCGAGUCUUUCUGAAAGAACAUCUGCGUCCUUCUCGCUCGCGGCGCCUUCCCUCUCUUCGCACUC